AUGCCCCCCGCCUGGUAUCAGGACUUCCUGGACAAUGGGUUCGCAGUCAUUCCUGGCGUUAUCAGCCCGGCUAAAGCAGCAGAGUAUCAGCAGGCUGCAUUCGACUGGCUCAAGUCCUUUGAUAACCCCGCGCUGGAUCUUUCUGACCGAACGACCUGGACUUCGUCCAACCUACCGCAUAUCUCUCAAAUCAAUACUUUCAACCACUACGGCGUGGUGCAUGAGCGCUUCAUGUGGGAAAUUCGACUGGAGGAACAGAUAAUUGAGACAUUCUCACAGCUGUGGCAUACGGACGAACUUCUCGUUUCUUUCGAUGCACUCAACAUUACCCUCCCCCGUCGCCCGGGCCACGUUCCCAGGGCGAGGUGGCCGCACGUCGACCAAUCCCCCCUGCGUGAAGGCCUACAGUGCAUUCAGGGUAUCGUCAACCUGUCCAAGUCUGGUCGUGAAGAUGGAGGGCUCACAGUCUAUCCGGGUUCGCAUAAGGUAGUCGAGCAAUUUUUUGACCAGCAUACGGACCGGACGCAGUGGGAUCGCAAAGACUUUUACUCCUUUACUGAGGAUCAAAUGACUUGGUUCGAAGAAACACAGGGUUACAAACCUUACAAAGUUGUUGCCGAGCCUGGGGAUCUGAUCAUUUGGGAUUCCCGACUCAUUCAUUAUGCAGCAGAGUCCACGGCGGGAAGUGAGACCAUUAGGACAGUCACUUAUGUCUCCUAUGCCCCUGCCAAACUCGCUAGUCCCGAAAACCUGGUUAAGAAAAGGGAGGCCUUUGACCAUUGGCUGGCUACCACUCAUUGGCCUCAUGACAAUUUGGUUCUGAGGUCUAAUUUGCCUUUACUUUCAGAUGGGAGAAUUGAUACGCGGAGGAGCGAGCCACGAGAUAAACCGGACUUCACAGAUAAGCUACUGAAGCUUGCGGGGGUCAGGCCAUACAACUAG